GGCUCCUUACGUUGCUCAUCUAUCCCUCUGGUCAUCACCAUGUUGGGCAAGAGGUGGGAUUUCCAGUUUGAGAACCGCACCUCGCUGCCCGACCCUAUCGGCUACCGCAUGACGCUCGGCGAGGCUGAGGGAUCCACACUAUCGUCCAGGAAGACUCGGGAGCGCAGCUCACGGCACGCCAGCAUCGUCGAGAGCAAAGCGUGGGAGGCCGCCUUGGCGCCGGGCAAGUCCAUCGGGAUGACCAUCUUUAUGCUGUGGAUGGGCGGCUCCUCGCCUGGGAUCUUCUCGAUUCUCAUCAUGGGCUACGGCGCCAUCAACACGGUCAAGUCGCUGUUCGGUCUGAACGCCGCCUUUGCGUCGUUCGAGACGGCCAAGGUGAACGUGAUGCUGCAGAAGCUGGUGUACGUGCUGAUCAACCUGGCUGCUCUGGGCUACAUCUCCUACCACUGCGCCCACAUGGGCCUGCUGCCGAUCAGCAGUGGCGACUACAUCGCCAUGAUACCCGAGAAGAAGGUCCUCGAGUUCUCUACCGGCAUCGUCACAUAGCAAGGAUGCGGCGACCAGAGGUGGCUUGAGCUUAGCUUGCUUUGUGGUGCUGCUCUCUCUCUCUCUGCCAGCCGGCGAUGCAUGCAUUGUACAGAAGAUAGGCUGGGCGGUCUGUCUGUGUGUGUGGGCUGUGUCGAUCAUCGGUCGCAUCUCUGCGGUCAACCUACUACUCUCGAUGGUUGGAUACAUGCCGCUGUGAUCUGGCAGCUCAGCGAGGGACACAUGCCGCACUGACGGACACACUUGCGACAAGUGUAAUGGAGAUCUAGAUGGGGAAAAAAGGAAGGGCAGUCCGUCAGUCAGUGGGGCAGACAGCGGAAGGUAUCUUGUGUGGUGUUGUGUUUUGUUGUGGUAAUGUGUUCGUCGGUCUUAUUGUCCUUCUCCGCUAGCUGAGCUGAGUCACUCGGCUGCGGAGCAGGACAAUGAGGCGGACGAGCACAUGACCACACAUGUGCACAAGAGAGCACGCGUCUGCGAAUCGGUUCUUCCAUGACGGUCAACCGUUGCAAGUACAAGUAUGUUGAUGUGUAGUGUGCGCGCCUUGUCUGAACGCAUCAACAAGCGAGGCAUGCAUGGCCGUCGAU